AAUAUUAACAUUAUGGAGUUUGUAGCGCGACCGUUAUGAAUAGUGUAUUGUUGAAAGUUGCAGUGAAAUUAUAAAUGACGAAUUGCAAUCGUUUGGUCGUUUCAUUUUAAUCAUAAUUUAAUGCAAUUAAAUCGUUGUUUUCUUAUAUAAAUGAUACGUUCAUUAUGUAAUUAUAUCAAUCCGGCAAAAGAUUACUAUUUAUUUAUUUGAAUGUAGUGAUAUAUAUCGCAUUGUUAUUUAUGAUAAAAAUUAACUUUUUGUUAAGUGAUCAUAUUACAGUAUGAACAGUGCAUAUGGAUAUCUGUAAGAAAAAGAAAAAAAUAUUCAAAUGGGGAAGACAUUUGGUUUUGUCAUAACAAUUAUUUAAAACAAGUAUUUAAAAUAUAAAUACAAAGAUGUUAGCGUCCAAUGAUAAGACAGAUGAAAAAUUUAAGUCACCUUCUAAUUCACAAAAUGGAAAUGAAAAGAGGAUACAUAGAAGCAAGUUACAAACAUUUGAUAAAGAGACUAGUAAAUUGAAACAGGAAUUAGUAAAUUUAAAAAAUGAAGAUUUGGUAGAAACAAAAAGAAAUUUAGGUGAUCAAAUGGAUUUUGAAAAAUCUUCUAAAUUGGAAACUAAGCAUUUAUCUAAACACAGUUCGGAAGGACCUUUUUUUGAAUUUAAAUAUUCUAAGCAUCCAUUAUUGCAGUCAGAUAAAUGUUCAAAGGAAAAAAUGGAAUUAGAAAUGCAAUUAGAUUAUAAAAAAAAGGAAAUACAAGAAAAACAAAAGAAGAUUCUUGAACUGCAAGAUAAAGUUCGAGAAAUUGUCCAGUUAGAACAUCAAUUGGAGGAAAAAGUAAAACGAUUGGAAGCUUCUAAUAAAGAAAGGGAUAAACUAGAACGAGAGUUAAUUACAACAAGAUCAGAAUUAGCAGCAGUAAAGAGGACAUUAGAAUUGGAACGUCAAGAAAGGAGAGAUUUAGAGAAUAAAGCUCUUGCUCUUAUAAAAGAUGCUAAGCGUAAAUGGGAAAAUGCAGAAAAAGAAAAAAUUGUGCAACUUAACAAACACAUUGAAACCCAAACUACACGCAUUACAGAAUUAUGUACAAGUAAUAAUGAAAUGAGUUCAAGAUUACAGAGAGCAGAAUGUGAACUUGAAACUGCAAAUGCUGAAUUACAUAAACUUAGAUUAUUUCAGACACAAUACAAGGAAUCUUUAGCUAAAACCCGAGAGCUUAAUCGACAGAGCGUUCAAGGUGUUGAAACAAAAUUAGAAGAAAUAGCAAAUCGUUCGCAUAAUCAAAUAUCUGAAUUACGUGCAAAAUUAGAUUUUGAAAUAGCUAAAAAUACGGAAUUAGAAGUAAAAUUAAGAAAUGAACAAGAUUCUAAUCAUUGUCGUCAGUCAAGGCUCCAUGUUGCUUUGGAACUAGCCCAAAAUGAACUUAAAGAUUGUCAAGAGCAAUUACGUGCGGUACAAGUUACAAUACCUGUAAGAGACACAGAAAUAGAAACUUUACGGAAACAGUUGCAAGAGAGAACCAAACAAUUGGAAAAUGCACAGAUAUCAGAACAAACAUUUGCUAAUAUGCGAGAACAACUUGAAAGAUUGAAGGGAGAAAAUGAACAACUUAAAAAACAACUGGAAGCAACUAAAUCUGAUUUAAAUGAUACUAUAAUGAAUUUGGAACAAAAUGAAACUCUUGCUUUAAACUUAGAGCAAGCUACGCAAGAUAAAGUUGCUUUGCAGAAAAGACUACAAGAUUCUUUGGAUAAAGAAGAGGAACAUUUACGUAAAGUUGGCAAUUUGGAAGAACUAUUGAAACGCUUGGAGCAGAGUGUUACUAAAUUGGAAGCCGAAAAUGCUAGCCUUAAAAAAUCUGGAUUUAUGGAAUCAGGCACCAAUGUAAUUUCUUCAGAAAACUUGCUUGAAAAGAAUACACAUUUACAAGAACAAGUACAAAAGUUUGAACAGCAACUGGACGCCUUAAGAGAAAAUGUUUCUGCUGAACGACAAACAGCAAGGCAGGCUCAAAUGAAUUUAUGGAAAAAAGAAAAAGAAUUGUCAGAUUGUAAUUUGGAUAAACGAAUUGCAUUAAGAGAAGUAAAAACGGCUGAAGGAAAAAUAAAAACAUUGCAGGAAGAAAAGCAGAAGUUAUUAGAUAGAAUAAAUAAUAAGACAAAAGAAGAUGAAGAGAAGUCAAAAAAAUUAUUGAAAGAAUUGGAUAGCGCAAAAACAUCUUUAACAGAGAUUACAAAAGAAGCAUCUAGAAAUAAACAGCAAGCAGAUUCAGCGCAAAGGGCAUUGACGCAAACUAAUCGUGAGAUAGAAGAACUUCAGUCUACGAGUGCAGCAUUACGGAGAGAAGUAGACGCAACACGUAAACAAAUGCGAGCAUAUCAAGAUCGUAUAGAUAGCCUGAAUGCAGAAAAUAAACGCUUAUCACAAUCUAGUAUGAAACAUAAUGAAGAUAAAAUAGAGUUAGAAGUGAAAAUAGAAAAAUUAGAACAGGAAAUUAAUGGUUAUGAACUUAAUAUCGAACUUCUGAAGGAAACUUGUACUGUGCUUGAGGAACAACUAACGGAUUAUGAAAGAUUAACGAGUGAUCAUGAAACUCGAGAAAAUAUGUUAAUUCAAGAUAAAAUGAAAUUACAAAAGGAUUUAGAAACUGCGGAAGUAAAAUUACGUGAAAUACAGACAGCACAUAAUGAAGAAAAAAAUUUAAAGCUGACUGCUGAACGCAAUGUUCAAACAUUAGAAACAGAAAUAAAUGAUAUAGAGAGCGAAAGGAAUAGUUUAAUUGCUCAAAGAGAUCAAUAUAAAAAAUUGGUACAAGAAUUAACUGAACAGGUUGAAUCUUUAAGUAUGAAAUGUGGUGAUUUAGAAUGUGACUUUUCAGAAAUGCAACGUGCAUUAGAAACUGCAAAAGCAGAAGCAAUAAUUGUUAAGGAAGAAAGUAGUCAACAUUUAACAAGUUUACAUGAAUUAAAAGAAGUGAAUUAUUCGCUGAUGGCCGAUUUACAAAAUAGCAUAGAUCAAGGACAAGAUCUUAGAUACAGAAUCACAGAAUUGGAAAAUGUCUUAGCUGAAAUGAGGCAAUUCUAUCAAGAGAGAGAAGUUAAAGCAGAGAGUACUCGGCAACAACAAGCGAAAUUAAUCGAUUAUUUGCAAUUAAAAUUAGAAGAAUGUGGUAAGAAAAAGAAAACUAUGUGCGACAAAAUUCUUGGUACCAAACAAAAGGAGAAUAUUCCUCCUACCAGUACAAGUAUGCCUAUUGGAUAUCGCGAAUUAGAAAAUCAACUUACCAAAGAACGAGCGAAGGUGAAGUCAUUAACGGAUCAGUUAUUAGCGUAUAAGGCUAUGCAUAUAUCUGCAUCAGCACCUUCUUCACCAUCUUCUCCAGAUAUAAAAAGGCCUAUGGUACAUGUUAUGGAAACAACGAACGACAUUUUAACCAAACGUUUGUCACCACAGAGAAUGGGCCAUAAUAUUCCACAUAGAUUUAACGUUGCAUUACCGAUGCGUGCUGGAAAAUGCACUGCGUGCUCUGAUUCUAUUCAAUUUGGAAAACGUGCAGCUAUUUGUAGCGAAUGUCAAAUAAUGACACAUUUGAAAUGUUCAUUAUCCGUUCCUGCAACAUGCGGUCUUCCUGGAGAUUUCACUAAACAAUUUAGUAAAACUUUAAAGAAUAGUGAAGACAGUCUAUCAUCUUUGGGCGGUAGCAUUCAAACAUUAUCUAUAGAUCAACCAGAUAAACCUGAUAUGGUAGAUACUUCAAGUUCUCACAAUGUUCAGAAUAAUAAUAAUGAUAUUUCAAUGGAAGGCUGGGUAAAAAUGCCGGCACGAUCAAAAUCCUGCUGGGAAAGAAAUUACUUGAGAUUAGAAGAAUCUCGUUUAUGUAUAUAUGACCAUCAACCUUCGUCUGGAAUGGUACCGAUGCAUAGUUUAAAUCUAAAUGAAAAAGAUGGUUUUAAUAUUCUGGAGAAUAUACAGCAAGCUGAAGUAAUUGGAACUGCAAAGUCUGAUCUACCAUUUAUCUUUAGAAUAGAAUCCAAUUCUUUAACAACUUGUUGGCCUACAUCUAGACUUGAUAUUAUGGCUUUAAGUCAGACUGAUAAAAAGAAUUGGGUGAAAGCUUUAAAAAUUAUUACUAGUCAAUGUUCAUCUGUUAAAACAAUAAAAAAUGAAAAGUAUCAAACAAUACUUAAACUAGAAAAACAUCAGUUGGACAUAAAUUGUGUAGUAGAUUUGGUGGGAGAAAAUGUUCUUUUGUUAGGCGCAGAAGAAGGAUUAUUUUCAUAUUGUGGUACAAAAUCGAGAAUACUUACAACAAUUCGUGGUGUAAAAAAAGUGCAUCAACUAUCCUUACAUCCUCAUUUAGAUAUAGCUAUAAUGAUAGCUGGUGAAAAUAGACAAUUGGUUUAUUGUUCUUUGAGACAAUUAAGGAGUAAUUCGCUUGCAGCCGAGUGUUCUAGACCAGCGAUAAAUACGAAAGCUGUUUUGACGGGUUCUGAAAGUUGUCAUUUCUAUCAGUUACAAGACUUAUUCCUUUGUGCUGCAUUUGCAUCAUACAUAAUAUUAUUUAAAUGGAUUGUCGAAGAAGAUCGUGAAGGUUUCAUUAGAAUUCGUGAAUUCGAAACACCUAAACCUUGCAGCUGUGCUAUAUUUACUAAACAUCGUCUUAUUGUUGGAUGUAAUAAAUUCUUUCAAAUCGAUCUCAAUAAUUAUUAUGUCGAAGAUUUUCCAGAACAAGAUGACAGUUCAGUUAAAGAAGCAUUAUCUGGUGUUGCAAAACUUGGAAUUUUUCCAGUUUGUGUAUUAAAUGUAUCGUAUAAGCCUUCGACGAUAGAACUUUUGCUUUGUUACAAUGAAUUUGGCGUGUUUGUUGAUGAAAAUGGUCACAGAACACGAAAUAUUGAUCCAACGUGGAAUCAUUUACCAUUUGCUUUUGCCUAUCGAAAACCAUAUCUAUUUAUCAUACAUUUUUCAUCAAUUGAAAUAGUAAAAUUAGAUGCAGAGGCCUAUACAUUAUCGUCUAAAAGUCCUGAAAGGACUCUAGUCGAACUUUCAAGUAUACGAUAUUUAGGUGUAACUAAUUCGAAAGGAAUUUAUGUUGCAUCUGUUAAUUCUUUCCUUCAGUUAUUGAAAAUAGAAGGUUCUUUCAAUAUACCUGAUCUAAAUGGCAGUAUUACAAGUUUAGAUACAUUAAUACAAGACGAUGAAAGUACUUCAGAAUUCAGUUUUACUUCAAGUCUUAUGGAAGCUUUGGAUGGUCAAGGGAAGAAAGUGCACUUUGCUGAUGUGCCUAAGCAUUAAAAUUUCUUUUUUGAACUUUUAUUGAAUAAUUACUUAUUAUUUUUACAUACAUUCUUCGUACAUAUAUAUCUUAAGUCUGGAUAGCAUACAACAUAUUUACUUACAUUGUAUAUUCAUCAUUAAUUAAUUACUAUUUGGUUAUCAAAAUAAGACACUAUUUGCGUUCAUUUAUUAUUAUUAUUAUUAUUUUUUUUUCUCCUGAUCGUUAUAAGAUAUAUAAUAGUUUUGACGUAACGAAGAAAUAAUACCGAAAAGAUAAAAUUCUUUUUAUUAAAGAAGACCAAUUAAAUAAUACUCUUUACUGUCAAUUGUUUAUAGAUUUCAUUUCAUAAAAAUUUAAUAUUAUAAAUGCUAUAGAGUAUGGUAUUAUUUAAGGCGCAUAUGUUAACAAAAGGCGCAUGUGUUAACAAAACACGUAUUAAAAGAGUACAAAGUAAAAAAAGUAUAAUUAUUGUUUGUACUAUUUAAUUAAAUAUUAUAUAC